AGUCACAAACGAAACUCAAAUGCGGCAGCAGCUCAAAACGAGCGCCAAGAUAAUCGUUUGUUUAAUCCAAUAAGCAAAUAGAAACAAUGGAAAAAGUAUAAAAUACAAAUUCUAGAUAAAAACCCAACGUCAAAGUGCAAGUGCAGUGGGAGUGUCUUAAAUGGCCGUAUAUCAAAAGAUUCUAAUCGGGCUUAUUUCGAAGCCAUAGCCGUGUGUCUUUGCUUUGUCUAGUCUCCGAAAUAUUUGUGGUUCUCGAAUGCAAAUGUCUUGGGUCUAUCUUAUCUGCUGAGAGACUUACGUUCUCGCUGGACUACCGGCUUAUGGCCUCUAUAAAGAUGAAAUUGCAUCUGCAAUCGCCGGGAGGCCCCAUAUCAAUGAAAUUAGUUUCCUUAUAUGUAAAACUGACUGCAAUCGAAAUGUAAACACUUUUACGACCAACGACAUAUUGCGCAAAUCACCGGACUCAUUAGAUCCCAAUUAACCGUUUGUUUUGCUGUCCAACCGAUUAGCAUAAUGACCCACAAUGCCCUUAUCAGUGGCGGCGGAGAAAGGUGAUUAGAUUCGCGAGCCCUGUGAAUAAAAAACAUAACCUGCUCAACGGGGAAGCCGUCGACUUCAGACACAUUUUGGACAGGUUGAGAGCGCCCGGCUCUCGCAAUGGUUGUACACAUUGGUGUAAAUCAGAUAGACGUCCUCUUAUCAGUAGUUCGUAGUUUUAUAAUGCCCGUUUUGGACUGAUAAGUCGACCCACAACCGUUUGAGCACUCAGAACAGCACCAUCGCGUGUUGGCCACAGUUGAUGAGCUCUCGCAGACGUCCUAAUCCAAAGAUUCGCCGUUUUGUGACGGGAUGUGAAAAGUGCAAUAAAAGUGGCAAAAUCCGUUUAUAUUUCCAAAUUUCCCUCAGAUUGGGAUGAUUUCUUUAAUGUGCCUAUACUCAUUAAAUUAAAUUUAAUUAAUAUCAAAAGUUUCAAAACCCAAAGUUUAAGGAAAAUCAGUUUUAAGAAAACCUAUUGAAUACAUCUCAGUUUUUGUGCUCACAAUCCAAAAAAGUGAUUUUAACAACGUUUUGGCGCCAACUGGCGUUGUUAGAAGCUCCGGCAAUCUGCCUUAGCUAAUUGCCUAGCAAUCUCCGCAUCCGAGCUGAAUUCUGUGCCCCAGAUGCCAUAAAGAUAAGUACGCUUAUCUGGCCCUUCGACUGACUGGGGACUACGGCACAGCCACUGGGAGCACUGGUAGUGCAAAAUGAGAGACAAGAAGGAACAGGCGAACAGCCGCAAGGCCUCCCAAGUCUCGGGACACUUUUCCCAAAUGGACGUGGACGACUCGGAGUUCAACGAUCCCUUCCAGGCUCUGAUGGAAAAGGCUGGCAACCAUGGGCGCUAUCAAACCCUAUACAAUUUUGUAUUUGUCGGCGGUUUGGCCUUCAGCGGUGCCAUGAUCUACAUGAAUAUCAUCCUGGCCCUCAAUAUACCCGAUCACUGGUGCACAGUGCCAGGCAGGGAAAACACCAACUUUUCACUGGAGGAGUGGCGGGACAUCACCCUGCCCAAACAGGCUGACAACCGAGGAAGGGAGACGUUCAGCAACUGUGAAAUGUUUCAAAUGAACUUCUCCGAGAUCACGGACUGGUCAGCUUGGAAUGGCAAUCGGACAAAAACAACAGAAACCUGCCAGAAUGGCUGGAGUUACGACAAGACCUGGUACGAGAGCACCAUCCCCACGGACCACAACUGGGUGUGCGCCAAGGAUUUGUUCGUGACAAAUGUGUUCGUUGUGGGUCGUGUGACGGAGGUGGCCGGCUCAUUUAUAUUGGGACAAAUGGGCGACUCCUACGGUCGCAGGUUUGUGUACUAUAUCAGCGUGGUCUUCUGCUCCCUGGGACGCCUUGGGUCCAUCAUGUGCACCAGCUCGUACACGUGGUUCCUCAUCAUGUCCGGCAUCGUGGGCCUCACCGUGAACAGCCUCUUCCAAUCGCCGCAAAUUAUCGGCAUGGAAAUCUCGCGGGAGGAGGACAGGAGUCGAAUUGCCUUCUUCCAAAGCUGCGGCUGGUCCAUUGGCACCACCCUAAUGCCACUGCUCUACUGGUGGCUGCGCCACUGGGACUCCUUCAUGUGGCUCACCUCGAUACCCACAGCGAUGGUCCUGCUUUUUUCCAAAUACGUCAUCGAAUCGCCGCGUUGGUUGAUUAGCAAACAGCGCUUCCGCGAGGCCAUUGUGCAACUGCAGAAGAUAGCCAAAAUUAACGGACAUCGCUUCGACAUGACCGAGAAGGAAUUGGCGGAGAUCUACAGUCGGGACAAGCAGGACGUCACCUACGGCAUCGCAUCGCUCUUCGCUGGCUGGCGGCUGGCACGCAACACUACCAUCAUGGGUUUCAGCUGGUGCGUGGUGGCCGUCUCCUAUUUCACGCUGGUGCUCUUCAGCUCCCGCAUGGCGGGCAAUCCGUUCCUGAACUUUUUGUUCCAGAGCAUUGUGGAAAUCCCCGCCUACGUUGUGGGCCGUUAUAUGGGCGAUACGUACGGCAGACGGUUCACCAACUCCGUGUCCUUCCUCAUCUCGUUCGUCACCUGCCUGCCCAUCAUUGUGUAUUCGACCGACGAGCGGUACGAGAACCUGAUGAUCUACCUGGCCACGUUCAUCAAGUUCCUCAACGCCCUCACCUUCUUCACCGUGAAUCUGCAGUGCCUGGAGAUCUAUCCCACGUGCAUGCGUCAGACUGGCGUGGCAUUGGGCACCAUUCUGGCCAACGCCAUCGGAGUGCUGGCCCCGUACCUGGUCUAUCUGGGCACCACCGUGGACAUCCGGGCACCGUACUACAUCCUGGGCAUCCUCUUCCUGCUGGGCGGCAUUGGGGCCCUCUUCCUGCCGGAGACUCUGCACAAGAAGCUGCCGGACACCAUGGAGGAGGCGGGUCACUUUGGCAAACACGAUAAAUUCUUCAGUCUGCCGAAACCGCCGCCGGCGGCGGAGAAGGACGACAUGCUGUCAUCCCAUCCGGAGUUAACCAGGCUCAGACGCUCGGAGACGGCGCCCUGAAUCCCUGAAUCCCCGAAUCCCGGAAUCCGUAUCCACGAGACCUGCGAACUCCAUCGAAGUGCUCGCCGGCAAUCGAUUCCCGUUGCCAUUCCCGUUCACCACUCACGCGCCCCUUGUGAUGUUACGUUAAGUUUGGCCCCAAGUAUUGCGAAUAAAGUAUUGUUAUGUAGGCGGCCGUAAUAAGACCCGUAUAAAUCACAAAUCACCCGUACGCGCCCGACCAUCGGCGCACAAAGAAAUCCCGGCAAUGAGUUUAUCAGCGCAUCUGUCAGAAAUUUACAAAUUACCUGGGGUGGCUAAUGCUGUGGCUAAUUUAAUAAAUGACGCGCCACCAGCACACAGCCAGCACCGCACACAUGGCGUAUGCGUAAUGCGUGGCAGGCGCCUGAUUUAUGCAAGUUAUGUAUCAAUUUUUAUCACCAGUUGCAGGAAUUGAGCCCUGGCCCUCGUCUGUCCCUUUCGCACUGGAAGUUGGCCAAGUGCUAAACUGUAAGCAGCCACUAACACCGAAACCAACUGACAGCGGAAACGGGAGAAAUACAAUGUAUUGAAAUGAAGGGCAAGGAUAAGCCGACGUGGGAAUGCACUUAAAAACGGCUGGAAAUAAUUCAAAAAAAGUAACUUAAUUAGGACAAAUGUGUUAGCUUACUACAGGUAUAUUUGCAUAUGAGUAAAAUCCCUAACAUACAAGAUUUAUAAAUAUUUAAAUAAUAUAUUGUUUUCCUUCAAAAUCCCCCUUUAAUGUAUAUAAUAAAUAAUGUUUGUAGCAUGCAAGUUCUGCCACUUAAA